CCCCGCGCGGCCCGUGACGCGAAGGCCCAGACGGAAGUGCGGGCGGAGGAGCCCGAGCCGGAGCCCGGCCGGGAGCAGGUCUCCAGGGCUCCGGGCUGUGGGGACUGCUGGGCCUGGCAGCGAUGGCGACCCUGUGGGCAGGCCUCCUUCGUCUUGGCUCCAUGCUCAGCCUGUCUUGCCUGGCGCUCUCCGUGCUGCUGCUGGUGCAGCUGUCAGACGCGGCCAAGAAUUUCGAUGAUGUCCGAUGUAAAUGUAUCUGUCCUCCCUAUAAAGAUACUCCUGGGAGUAUUUAUAAUAAGAACAUAUCCCAGAAAGAUUGCGAUUGCCUUCAUGUUGUAGACCCCAUGCCUGUGCGGGGGCCUGACAUAGAAGCAUACUGUCUACGCUGUGAGUGCAAAUAUGAGGAAAGAAGCUCUGUUACGAUCAAGGUUACCAUUAUAAUUUAUCUCUCCAUUUUGGGCCUCUUACUUCUGUACAUGGUGUAUCUUACGCUGGUUGAGCCCAUAUUGAAGAGACGCCUGUUUGGACACUCACAACUGAUACAGAGCGAUGAUGAUGUUGGGGAUCACCAGCCUUUUGCAAAUGCCCACGAUGUGCUGGCCCGCUCCCGCAGUCGAGCCAACGUGCUGAAUAAGGUAGAGUAUGCCCAGCAGCGCUGGAAGCUUCAAGUUCAAGAGCAGCGAAAGUCCGUCUUUGACCGUCAUGUUGUCCUCAGCUAAUUGGGAAUCGAAUUCAAGGUGACUAGAAAGAAAUGAGGCAGACAAUGGGGAAAAACUGACUGUGUUUUCCUGGAUUUUGUUUUACUGCCCUGUUGAUUUCACCAACUCUUGCUGGAAAAUUCAAAACUAGAAACAGAAAGAUGCUUGGUAUUUUCUUUUCUCGUUAGCACAUUAGUGGAGACAUUUGUAAAAGCACACACCUUAAAGUCAGCCAACAAACCUUUCAUAUUAUGAAUUUUACUAAUAAAAAUAAGUCUGCCUGUAAAUUAUCUUGAAGUCCUUUACCUGGAAAAAGCAUUCUUUUUUUUUUUUUUUUUUUUUUACCACAUAGUUUUAACUUGGUUUUCAAGAUAAUUUUCAGGUGGGGUUUUUGUGUGGUGGUUUUGUUUUUGUUUGGCAGGGGAGGGGAGGGAUGCGUGGGAAGUGCUUAACGUAACUUUUCUCAAGCCACUUUACUACACAUACUUUUGUAAAUAGACUUUGCCUUUUAUUUUCAAGUUUCAUUUAUAUUUUGCAGCAUAGCCAGCCUCAUCAAAGCCCUGACUUACCUAUUUGAAUUUUGCACUGACUAUAUUAUCUAGAUAUCUGGUUGGCCUGUGGCUGUACUUCAUGGUCAGUUGAAUCCCAAAUGCCUGGUGGCCCUUCACAAAAUGCAGAUUUUCUUCAUGUACUGUGAUGUCUGAUGCAAUGCAUCCUAGGACAAACUGGCCAUUCGCUAGUUUACACUAAUGACUAAACACAAUCUUGGUGUGUGGUCUUUCUUGUCUUCUUCUAGUAUAUUUAAGGAUGAAUCCUAAGGACUUGGACAGUUGCAAUAAAGAAAUUUUCUUUUAAACCCAAGCCCCCUGGAUUGAUGACAUACACAUGUUUGUCAGCAUCUCCAGUCAGGUCGAGAGGCAGCCGUUGGAGCUCUAGUGUGUAUAGCUUUGAACUGGUUGCCUGCCUCUGAAAGGUAUAACAGUUAUUGGUUAACUGGCUUUUUUUCUUCCUAUGUCCUCUUUGAAUUGUAACAAUAAAAAUAAUUUUUGAAACACC